AUGGCAGCCGGUCGCGUCCAAAGUUUGCUGUUCCUCCUCCUCCUCGGGCCCCCCUCCUUGGCCUUGGAGCCAAGUUUGUACUGUCACAGGGGCAUAUCCACGAGUAUAGUAAAGGACCCAAAGAGGACGUUUAACUGGACCACAGAGAAAGUUGAGACUUGUGACAGUGGGUCGUUCUGCCAGGAAUCCCUUCUGAUGAUUAAAGCAGGGGCCAAGACAGCAGUUCUGGGCACCAAGGGCUGCGUCACGGAGGGGACCCUGGCGACAACGUAUAUCCAGCACUCCCCACCCCCAGGCAUAAUCACAGUAUCCUACAGCAGCUACUGUGAUGAGUCCUUAUGUAACAGCAAGGGGAGCUUAAUGGAGCUGUGGAGGGAGGAAGAGACCCAAAGAACGCCAGGAGGUGAGACAUGGGGACUGAGAGAAGCUCCCAGUGUGUCACCACGCUUCCACUGCCCAACCUGUGUGGCUCUGGGAACCUGUCCGAAUGCUCCUUCUCUUCCCUGUCCCAAUGAUACAAUUCAGUGCUAUCAAGGAAGACUUCAGAUCACUGGAGGAGGCAUCAGCUCAUUUUUGGAGGUCAAAGGCUGUACAUCCAUAAUUGGUUGCAGGCUGAUGUCUGGGAUCUUUACAGUAGGGCCCAUGUGGGUGGAGGAAAUUUGUCCAUAUCAGUCUCUCCCUCAGCCCCGAAAGACUGAAAAUGGGGCCACCUGGCUUCCUGUUUUGGUUUGGAGGUUAGAGCUAGUGCUGCUGCUGUUACUGCAGGAACUUGUCCAUUGUUCCUGA